AUGCCGCCUAAAACCAGAACUGGAAAAUCCCCAAAGAAGACCGAGAAGAGACCUCGGGAUCCUCCUCCGGCGAAGGAAGCUCCGGCUGCGGCGGCGACUUCUAAAGGAGGUGGGUCGAAGGCUGGUAAACGUAAAGCGGCCAAACAGCAAGGCGAGGGUCGCAAUGUCCGAAAGAAGAUAAGCACACCGGCUCUGGCAACGUCUGCGGCGGUUCCGUCUCCUCCGCCGCGUGCACAAUCGGAAUCUUCUUCACCGGUCUGCGGCGGUUCCGUCUCCUCCGCCGCGGCGCGAAGUCCUCAGCAGGCAGAGCACCGGUCUCAUUCUCAGUCUUCAGAUCCGGCGGCUGUGCCGCCUCCGCAGCCAUCUCUUCAGCCUCCGGCUCCGGCCUCGGCUCCGGAAGGUUCAACGUCGCAAAGGGUAAUAGGAUUUGCUAGUUGUACUGUAUUUGCUAGUUGUACUGUAUUUGCUAUUUAUACUAGUUAG